AAGUUCAACGAUGGCAGGCUCAUCAUCCUGACAUUAUAUUGAAAAGUUAUUCAUUACAAGAAAUAUGUUCAGUUUUCAAUUUGAAUUCAAGUGAGUCAGAUCAUUCAACAUUAAAUGAUUCUUUAACUAUAGUCAAUAUUAUUAGAUAUAUAUGUUCUUUAGCACAUUCUGAUGUUUUUGUUAAUCCAAUUGAUGCUGAGGCUGAUUUUAGUCAAUUUAGAAAAGAACAAUCCAAAGUAAUCCAUUUAGCAAGCUUGCCUUAUGAUGUUACUCAAACUGAAUUAGAAUCUUGGUUUUCAAUUCAAGAUAUAACACCUAUUGCAUUAUUGACAAUUAAAUUUCCAGAUGUUUAUCAGAAACCAAGUGGUUCGGGUUUUGCUAUAUUUUCUACUCAUGAAGAUGCCAAGAUUGGUUUAGAAAUGAAUGGCAAGGUUUUAUGUGAUAGAAUAAUUGAAGUUAACCCAAGUAGUGACAGGGUAAUAGAGGCUAUAGGAGCAAUAUUAUCAUCAUUUCCGGUGAAUAAAAACCGUAUUCGUCCAGGUGAUUGGUCAUGUUCAUCUUGUCAAUUUCAUAAUUUUGCUUCAAGGAAAACUUGUUUUAGAUGUAACGCAAUUGUAUAUGCCACAUCAAGUGUAAAAAUUAAUUCUUAUGAAUCCACAACCAUCACUACUGAUACAAUCAUUGAUGUUAAUGAUAAAAACAACAAUUCUCCCUCUACACCACAAUUAUCACAACUCAAUUUUAAUUCUGAUGAAUGGGAUUGGAAGUCACAGACCAAUGGUUUAUGUGCAUUGGAAUUGGACUUUGAACACUCCAGCCAAUAA